UAAUUUCCCUAACUUCAUUCAUUUCACUCUGUGAUUUGCAUUCUUUGGAAUAUAUUGUUGUUUUAUGGAUAACAUUACAGAACAUCUGGUUACUUAAACAGCAUAUUGGCAAUAAUCUCUCAACUUUUCCAUCUGCCUUUUUGGGAAAACACAGGUGAGAGCAUCACUUAACAGUACGUCACUUUCCGACCACGCCUUCGCCAGACGUGCAAUAUAGAGACUCGUACUCUUACUGAAGCUACAAUUGUCGGCGAACACGCAAAUACUACAGUGAUUCUUUCUUAAAGUAUUGUAAAAAAUUAUAUACGAUGGACGAUCAGAAAUACCCCGUGAGCAUUAAGCUUAUUGGAAUGAUGCACAAAGAGUCGGUGAAGUUGUACAUGACAUCGGUGCUUUGGUCGGACCAGAACGAAAUAGUUGUUUAUCGGUCCCUUCAAGACUUCAAAGACCUACAUAAGAAACUGAAGAAAAGAUUUCCUCCAGCAAACCCACUUAAGAAAUCUGCCAGAGUUGUUCCGAAAUUUAAAGUGAAAAAAGUCAAGAGAAACGUUCGCAAAAAGAGUCCAAGCAAAUCGGUGCUGAAGAUGAAGUCCCUGGAGCGUUACUGCAAUGAUUUGAUGAGCUGUGACCAACGUGUUGCUCAGAGUUCGGAAUUUCGACAGUUCUUACUUCCCAAAGACCAGGACCUUGCACCAGAAUUCAUUCAGAACAGCAUUGUCAUUAUGCCAUCAGAAGACAGCGGUGGUGGUGGUGGUAGUGGUGGCGGCGGUGGCAACGUAACACAGCCAUUCGUCACUGAAACGUAUCGAUGCGUGGCCCCUUACGAGACUAAGGAUACCAAAAACAGGCCAUUUAAGGUGGCUGUGGAUGAAACGGUGGACGUUUUAAUAAAAGACAAAGCUGGUUGGUGGAUGGUGGAAAAUGAAGCGAAAUCCAUGGCGUGGUUUCCUGCCCCAUACUUGGAGAAAGUGGAUGCAGAUGUGUUGGAUGAACUUGACAAUAAUGAUGGAGGAGUACUGUACUGUUGCUCUAGGACUUACAGAGCCAAGUCUGCAGAUGAACUGUCUGUUGACAUGGGCACUGUGGUAGAGGUGCUCCAGAAGUCAGACAACGGAUGGUGGCUUAUCAGACACGGCCAGAAGACGGGUUACAUCCCCUCCAUGUACCUCUCGACAUACAACAACCCCCGUGUUCAACUGCUGACCACUCAGAAACAGCUCCGUGGUUCAACUGUGAACCUGGCCCAGCUGCAGAUCCCCGGCGCUGGUUCUCUGCAGGCGCCGUCCACCCAGCUGCUCAGCCGGUCCCAGGGCAACCUGCUUCAGCUCCCAGGCUCAGGUUCCCAGCCUCCGGCCCAAGGCCUAAGCCCGCAGGACAGGUACAAGUCCCGCUCCCUGAACCUCCUGGAGUCCGAGUCAACCAUCUACCAGGUGCCCAGAGCCUCCCUCGGAGCCCCCAGCAUUCAGGUGGACGCGGGUCCAGGGGGUCGCAGCCGGAGCCUGACGGUGGACAGCGGGGGAAAUGCGGCCAGCAGCGAGGACAGCGAGUUUAGCUUCAGCGACGAGGCCAGCACCUCUGGCAGCGACUCGCUGAACCUGAGCCGCAGCAGCAUGGACGAGGAGCUCCGCCGCAGCCGCACGCCUCCCCCUCCAGCCCCGACCAGGGACCUGCUCAGCCCAGACAGCGGCCUGGGCAUGGGGGGGCGUCUGACGCACAGCCGGUCCAACCCAAACCUUGCGAAGGGCCCUAACACUCCCAAAGUGCCCCCCAGGCCCCAAGCCCAGGACAUCCUGAAGCGGUGCACCACAGUCACCCGCAAGAAUGCCACACGAAACCAGUUGGCACCCAUGGCUCAGAGCAUUCAGAUUCAGUGAAGUAAACAUCUUACAGGCCUUCAGGAGACUUGUUGUGGCCCAGGAAUUAUAUUGAUGCUCACUUGCUCCUAAUGAAUCUAAUUUUAAACAGACUGGAGAGAACUUUUGUAGGGCAAGAAUUGUUUUUUAAUUCAGUUAUUAUUUAACCCCAUGGGUAGGAGAGCUAGAAUGGCCUUUUUUGAGUGUACCUGCAAUGUGUUUUUUGAAUUGUAAACUAAAUGAUAUGGCUGUACUGUGAUGAAACACAUCAAUACUGGUGUUAAUAUUGACAACAUUUGCAUUUGUAUAUAAAAUCAGCAUUUUAUGGUUUGAAAAUGGCUCAACAUGCCAUGUACUGUUUCAAAUCAUCCUGCCGCACAGUCAACCGGUUGGAUCUUACGUCAUGAAAUGGGCAGCCCACAUCCCCAGCCCCUGCCUUGUGUGUGUGCAAACGCCUGUGAAUGAUGAGUCCCGAUCCCGAAUGCGACACAUUCACAGGCGUUUGCACACACACACACACACACACACACACCCCACCUGAUUUUCCAAUGUUAUGCAGUGGGUGGAGUUUAAAUAUUCAUAUCCUUUAGAGAAAUGUAACAAGCGUUAUUUCUGUAGUUAACCUAUAAUGUUGGUGCAGGUGACUCCAUAUCAGAAACCAAAAGACAGAGAGGUAUGAUUUAUCUGAUUGAAUCAGGCACAAUGUGUCGUCUCAGGAGUGCUUUUGAUGUUUUUGUCAUCUGUUCCGCUUCCCUCAUUACAAAUUUCCCAUUUCCAUACUGGAAACCAUAUUUGCGUUCUGUGCAUUGCACUGUAGGUGGAAGUCUUCAAUAAAAAUGACACGGUUUCUAAAACUUUGCCUGUUUUUUAGUUAUGUUAAUAAUACAAAUUCAAUAAAGAAAUAAAAUGAUCGGUGCAUGUACACAGAAACCUUUGAUGCUUAAAAGCAGCCAUAAGGAGUUUGUGCACUAAUAACCUAAAAGGUAUAGGCUGCAAUAUAUUUUGUAUUUUGAAAUACUCCUACUACUGGGUAAUUUUUAUUUUUAUUUAAAUAUGAAUAAUUACUGUAUGUAAACAGCUGUUUAAUAAAAAGUUUAAAAGGGGAAAAUAGAAUUCAAAACUGAGUGCUUGCAUAACUCAGAAGAACAAAAUGCUUCGCAAUGCAUCUAGAAUCGUUUUAUAAUAAUAGAUUUAUACUUCUAUUACAUAACCUACAGCCUUCCUUUAACCCAACAGGUAGAGAGAGAGAGAGAGAGACUAUGAACUCCAAGGUUAUGGAUUUGAUUCCCUCUAUCCCAUACACAGAUGGAGAAGGAAUGUCUGUACACAGAUUUGAAUCCACCCAACGAAGGUUUUGGAUUGUCUGGCGAAGACAAUAUACUCUAAAUGUUGAACUUUCUUUGGGCGCAUUAAAAUCAUUGUCAUUCCUUUCUGCUCUUGAAGUCUUAAAACUGAUUUUGUGACCUGCACCUGAACCCUACUGAGGGUACUUUUGGAUGUUGUAGCGUGGGGAAAGAGCAGUCAUCCCACCAGGCAUCGAAUCCAGGUCUACAGGGUACCAAACCUGCACCCCGACUGCAGUGCCAAAGAG